AUGGAGGCGGAUGGUGAAAAGAGUAGGGCUGAGUUUGAAGUGAUGAGAGCCGCAAUGGAGAGUGCGCGAGCUGAAGCAGAGAAUGAGAGGGCUCGUUCAGCUGAACAGCUCCACUCUGACGCCGAGAGUAGGGCAAAUGCAAGCGAAGAAUUGCUCAAAUUAGCCAAGGAGGCGCUUGCCGAGGUGGAGGUUCAGUUAGGGGAGCUCAAGGCGGCCAAGGAAAAUGCUGAUUCUGAGGCUUUUGCGGCAUUUGAGGCAGGAAAAAGUGCCACCUACACGGAAUAUAAGACAGCAUUAAAAGAUUCAAGGAUGAGAGAUAAAAAGGCAUCGUAUCUACUCUAUCAAGGCACUGGUGUGUCAAGUUUUGAGAAGAUUUCAGCAGCAGCAACCUCUAAAGAGGCAUGGAGUAUUCUUCGCAAUUCACACUGUGGAAUUGAGAAGACGAUGAGAAGAUAUGGAGAGAGGAUGGAAUCUCUUCAAGUGAUAAAGAAGAUUUUCCGAUCACUCAGUCCCAAGUUCAAGCACGUGGUUGUAGCAAUAGAAGAGUCCAAGGAUCUCAGUGCCAUGACCACCGAUGAGUUGAUGGCACACUUGAGAGAUGACAGAAACGAGCAAGGGGGGACAUCACAAAAAAGUCGAGAAAGAAGUCGUGGUUACAAUAACCGAAGUUCUGGUUUUCGAGGAAGAGGCAGAAGAGGUCCAAGAAGAGGAGGAAUAAGUCAACCACACUUUGCUCCAAGAAGAAGAGCAAGAGAUAGAGGAGGUGGUUACAACAAUCGACCAGGAUUUGACAAAAGCAAUGUUCAGUGCUACCAGUGCCACAAGUUCGAGCAUUACAGCAAUGAAUGCCAAAGUAGAGCAACAACAGAAGCUGGAGAGCAAGCAAAUUUUUUCGAGCAGGAAACAAACAAAUCUGGACCUACAAUCUUGUUUGUCCACCAUGGAGACACUGAAAACCAAAACAAUGUUUGGUAUCUAGAUUUGGGAGCUAGUAAUCACAUGUAUGGUAAAAAAGAGUUGUUCGUUGAGCUUGACGAGACUGUACAAGCACAAGUCUCAUUUGGUGAUUCUUCAAAGACUCCAGUGAGAGGAAGAGGUAAUAUUAUGAUCAAGCUCAAGAAUGGAGAUCAUGAUUACAUCUCCAAUGUUUAUUAUGUUCCUGCCAUGAAGAACAACAUUUUGAGUAUGGGACAACUCCUAGAGAAAGGAUAUGACAUCAGCAUGAAAGAUUGUCAUCUUACCAUCAAAGACAAUCACUACUACAAAAAUAGAUAA